AUGUUCCGUCACGCUUCAAGGUUCAGGUUCAAUGUAAGGCCAAUGAGCCGAAGUGACCCCCUCUACGAGCAGACGCGGGCCAAGAAGACAGGAAUGAAACCUCAAGGAAACUUUGAUCAUCGUCCACUCUCAAGCGGUGUGGAAGCAAGGCUGGCAAGCAUCCUUGCUGUUGUUCCUGAAGAGGCUGGAUUACAUGGAACAAAUCGGCUUGACACACGAGAUCAAAUCGCAAGCUACGGUCCCCGCAAGACAGCUCCUGAAAUUGUCAAAGUGCUUAGCGUGAUGUAUCUGGAUGUGGCCUCCAUUCACACGCGGGAUCCACGCUUGUCGACAUGCAUAUCUUUACGCAAGGGGACACACAUCUGA